UUAGACAACGUUUCGCGUUUGGCCCUUUUUUUUAUCGUGUUGUUUUGAAGCAACGGAUAGAAAAUGUUAAAAAUUCCUAACUGGGACCAAGGUCUCAUUUGAAAUGGAUAUUAUUCCCGAGGGCAAAAAUUUUGUUCUGGUCAAGGAUGCAGACCUGCAUGAUAUACUGAAAACUUUGGAAAAAUAUUUCCCUCACUCGGUUAAGUUUCAUCAAACUAUUAAAACGUACCUGAAUGACAGAAUCUGGCAGUUUUAUUUCUAUGUGAGCAAAACAUGGCCUAAAGAUCCAAUUUGCUUACAUUUUCCUGGAUGUACAUUGACUCCAUACAACAAAAUUUACGAAAGUGUUGGAAUAUUCUGUCCUCCUGAACAACUGGACAAAAUGUCACUCAUAGAACAAGAAGAUGUUUUAUUCAAUUGGACCGAGCCGAUAUACAUGAAUUUUACACACGUAGGAAUAAUGAAUCGAAUGGAUAACAUAUUUCGCACAAAGGUCAACGGUCAACUAGUUGGACACAUUUAUGGAGACAUAUAUGUGCAUGAUUGUCCAUCUGAGCUGGAAUUAGAGCUGGAGCCAUUGCCAGCCAACGAGGCAGUUAUUCGGCCACUUAAAAUUGGGAAUAUUAAGGAUAUACACGACCUGUACCCAGCUAGUGAUAUAGAAAGCGUCGAGCUUUUUGAGAAACUGGUACAUCAGCUACCAGGAUUUGGUGUUUUUAGUAAAUCGAAUAACGAAUUAGCUGCAUGGAGUCUCCAAUCAUACUAUGGAGGCAUGUUUUCUAUGCAAACUAAACCUGAAUUUAGGCGAAAAGGGUAUGGUAUUCAACUUGCCCAAGCACUUACAAGACUAGUCAUUCAACGAGGAUAUGUACCUUUUGUGGUGAUAAGACCAGAGAAUAAUGCUUCGCGAAGUUUAUAUACCAAACUUGGUUUUAGAAAAGCAUUUGAAAGUGUAAGAGGUGUUUUCAAACCUUACACUUUUAAUGUAGAAGACGAUAAGGAAAAUGAGGAGAAUCAAAAUCAAGAUUCGAACUGUGACAUGGAUAAAAAGAAUUGUUGA